AUGCCGGAGAAUGCGGGCACGAAGGGCGGCCUGGUGGGCGCGGGGAGCCGCAGCUCCGGCGGGAGCCGCGGCUCCUACCAGGACAGGGACAAACCCACCCAGAUUCGCUUCAGCAACAUCUCGGCGGGGAAAGCGGUCGCAGAUGCGGUUAGGACAAGCCUUGGACCAAAGGGAAUGGAUAAAAUGAUCCAAGAUGGCAAAGGAGAUGUAACAAUCACAAAUGAUGGUGCAACAAUUCUGAAGCAGAUGCAGGUCCUUCACCCUGCAGCCAAAAUGCUGGUGGAGUUAUCCAAAGCGCAAGAUAUUGAAGCUGGGGAUGGCACUACUUCUGUUGUUGUCAUUGCCGGAGCUCUGCUAGAUGCUUGUUCCAGACUCCUUCAGAAAGGAAUUCAUCCCACAAUCAUCUCUGAGUCAUUCCAGAAGGCUUUGGAUAAAGGUACUGAGAUCUUGACCAGCAUGGGGCAGCCUGUUGAGCUGAGUGACAGAGAAACCCUACUUAACAAUGCAGCUACUGCACUGAACUCAAAGGUUGUAUCACAGUAUUCUAGUUUGCUUUCUCCAAUGAGUGUGGAAGCUGUGAUGAAGGUGAUAGAUCCAAAUACAGCUAGCAGUGUGGAUCUUCGAGACAUCAAAAUUGUUAAAAAGCUUGGAGGAACAAUUGAUGACUGUGAAUUGGUUGAAGGGCUGGUCCUCACCCAGAAAGUGACCAAUGGUGGUAUAACCAGAGUUGAAAAAGCUAAGAUAGGUCUCAUUCAAUUCUGCUUGUCAGCUCCAAAGACAGAUAUGGAUAACCAAAUUGUUGUUUCUGACUACACUCAAAUGGACAGAGUCUUGCGUGAAGAGAGAGCUUACAUUCUCAAUUUAGUUAAGCAAAUUAAGAAGACAGGAUGCAAUGUGCUGCUCAUUCAGAAAUCUAUUCUGCGGGAUGCUCUAAGUGAUCUAGCACUACAUUUCUUGAACAAAAUGAAGAUAAUGGUGAUUAAAGAUAUUGAAAGAGAAGACAUUGAGUUUAUAUGUAAGACCAUUGGAACCAAGCCAGUUGCUCAUAUUGAUCAGUUUACUGGGGAUAUGCUGGGAUCUGCUGAACUGGCAGAAGAGGUCAAUUUAAAUGGAUCUGGAAAGCUAGUAAAGAUUACAGGGUGUGCUAGCCCUGGAAAAACGGUAACAAUUGUGGUCCGUGGCUCCAACAAACUAGUAAUUGAAGAAGCUGAACGUUCAAUUCACGAUGCUUUGUGUGUCAUACGCUGUUUGGUAAAGAAAAGAGCCCUGAUUGCAGGUGGUGGAGCACCAGAAAUAGAGUUGGCCUUACGCUUGGAUGAAUAUUCUCGCACCUUGAGUGGCAUGGAGUCUUAUUGUGUACGUGCUUAUGGAGAGGCCUUGGAAAUAAUUCCAUCCACCCUGGCUGAAAAUGCAGGCCUUAAUCCUAUUUCUACUGUGACUGAGUUGAGAAACAGACAUGCACAAGGCGAGAGAACUGCAGGAAUUAAUGUCAGAAAGGGUGGAAUUUCCAAUAUCCUGGAAGAAUUGGUGGUCCAGCCUCUGUUGGUUUCCAUCAGUGCUCUGACCCUGGCGACAGAAACAGUCCGCAGUAUUCUUAAGAUUGAUGAUGUGGUGAAUACUCGAUGAGAUGACUAAAGAGACAGACUGUGCAGCUCAGCACAGUGUCGCAAGUUUGGAAUGCAGUUCCUUCACUGGACAUUGCAUAACUCCCAGUUACAUUUCAUGUAUACUUGUCAACUUAAAUUAAUAAAACCUUAAAUUCUCAAGGCA